AUGAAGUCCAUGCUUCAAGCUCCCAGCAAACAUCCAUCUGCAAGACCAGUCGUCCAUUACGAAUCAACUUGCCAAAACCAACUGAAAGUUCCAAAGAUUCAACAAAAAAUGAUCAUGUCCAAACCAAUUUUCUACCGCGUCGCAAUCCUACGCAUUCACAUACGUGGCUUUCUUGGUGGCUGUUUAUUGGUUCUAGUCUCUGCAACACCUGAGGAUGUGUUCUUGAGUUUCAGAGGCAUAGAAACCCGGAAAGGUUUUGCGCGUCACCUCCACAACGCUCUGGAAGAGGCAGGCAUUCCCACUUUCUUUGAUGAGUUUGGGAUUCAGACGGGGGAAAGUAUUGACUCGGAAAUAGAAAGAGCAAUAAAUGAAUCGAAAAUAUCCAUAAUCUUGUUCUCUAAACUUUAUGCCACCUCAACAUACUGCCUCGAUGAGGUUGUAAUGAUUAUGGAACGUAGGAGAACUGCUAAGAAUCAUGUGGUGCCCAUUUUCUACAAGGUGAGUCCAUCUGAAGUCCAGCUGCAGACAGGGAACUAUGGCCUAGCGUUUGAUGAGCAUGAAAAGCAAUUCAAAAAUGAGAUCCAUAAAGUGGAGAAAUGGAGGGCAGCUCUAAGAAAAAUUACAGAUCUAAGAGGAGUGGUUUUGAAGGACGGGCAGUGCGAGGUAGAAUUUAUUGAAAAAAUAGUUGAAGAUACUCGAAAUGAACUGAGCUAUACUGUCCGAGUUGUUGAAAAUGACCUGAACGACACAGUUAGGAAUGCUGCUACCUAUUUUAUUUGGGAUAGAUUCUUUGUUAUCAAACUGAAGGUUUUCUUGCUAUUCAUUGUUCUAUUGUUGGUCUUUAUUUCCAUAGUUCCUCUGUUUGGAACAAAAAACUAUGCAUUCGUGAGUAUUGGAGGGACAGACACGGAAGAAUUUACUUCUGAUCUCCUCGAAGCUUUAAGUCAAUCUGGGAUUUACACUUACGGAGAUCAUACUAGAAUCAAGAGAAGCGUAAAUAGUUGGUUAAAAAUCAGAAUAUCAAUCUACAUUUCAAAAAUAUCAAUAGUAGUGUUUUCUAAGGACUACCCUUCUUCAAAAUGGAGCCUUGAUGAACUUGUAUUGAUCAUGGAACGUAGGAGAGCUGAUGAUGGGUACGUUGUGGUGCCAUUUUUUUAUGAUGUGGAUCCAUCAGAAGUUCAGAAGCAGAUAGGGGCAUACGGGGAUGUGUUUACUAGAUAUGAAAACAACUUCAAGGCAGGUAUAGUGAAGGAAUGGAGGGCAGCUCUUAAAGAAGCUGCAGACCAGGUUGGAGGACAGACUUUACAAAACAGGGAUGAUCAACAAUUUGCUCAAGAUAUUGCUCUGAUGAUUGGAAAUAUCCUGAAUCGAUUGCUUUCUUUCUUCAAGUGA